AAUGGCUGAUUGUUUAUUGAGAUCUACAUUCAGACGUUUCUUGAUGGUUUGUCUCUGAGUCUAGCCGCUAUGCACUUGUAUACAGAUGAUCGGAACCUGAUGACGGAGUUCUGGCGAACAGGGACGCGACUAAAAUAGUUAUGUAGAAUUUCUGACACAUAUGUCUUCAUAUAGGUUUUCUUUGAGGAGGAAACAGACAGUCUGCUUGUCAGAUCUGCGACCUGUGACCAUGGCGAGGAGGCUUUUGCUCUGUUUUGUGUUGAUUUUUCUCUGGGCUGCUUCUGCUGCGUCUAUGUCAGUUUUUUACAGCAGUCCGAAAGCACACACGCUCCUGCGCUCUAGACGGGCUAACAAUUUGCUAGAGGAACUCAAGCCUGCAUCUUUGGAGCGAGAGUGUUUAGAAGAGCGGUGUGACUUUGAGGAAGCUAGAGAGAUCUACCAGAACAGAGAGGCCACACUACAGUUCUGGAUGGUGUAUACAGACGGGAACCAGUGUGUCCCAAACGCCUGCAAGAAUGGAGUUUGUGUGGAUCAGUUCCAGAACUACAUUUGCUCCUGCAACCCUGGCUUUGAAGGAAAACACUGCUUAGUUAUCACACACACGAACUGCUCGGUGGACAACGGAGGCUGUGAUCACGACUGCCACGAGAGGAACGACAAGACAGGACGCUACUGCAGCUGUAUUAAUGGAUACGCACUCCACGACGACUUCAAACAGUGUGUUCCAAAAAAUCAGCGGUCUUGCGGACAGAUUUUGAUCGCUAAGUCGUUCUACAGAACAAAGCCCAUGGAAGGUCUACAACCUUGGAUCGCUGGUGGUGAAGUUGGCAAAAGGGGAGAGAGUCCUUGGCAGGCUGUUCUUUUGAAUGCCAAAGGACAAUUUCACUGUGGCGGCGUCUUGAUCGAUGAAUUCUGGGUUCUCACUGCUGCUCACUGUCUGGAGGGAUUCAGGCGCUUCGCCGUCAGACUGGGUGACUACAAACGUUUCCAGUUCGAAGGAUCCGAGGUCACCCUUCCUGUGGUCAAAAUUGUCCCGCACCCAAGAUACAAUAGCCUGACGGUGAACAACGACAUAGCUCUGCUGCGUUUGGAGUCACCCGUAGCGUUCAGCACGUACAUCGUCCCUGCCUGUCUGCCGAGUCGAGACCUGGCCGAGCGCGUGCUCCACCUCAACGGCACCAUGACGGUGGUGACAGGCUGGGGCAAGGAUAAAGAAGGGACAGUGCCGUACAGCUCGGAUCUCAAACACAUCAGCCUGCCAAUAGUGGAGCACUCCGAGUGCGCGCACCACAUGGUCAACAACCUGACGGAGAACGUGCUGUGCGCCGGCAGCAUCGGGAGUACCGAGGACGCCUGCAAGGGUGACAGCGGUGGCCCCAUGAUGACUCUAUACCGCAACACGUGGUUCCUCAUCGGCCUCGUAUCCUGGGGCGAGAGCUGUGGCAACACGGACAAACUGGGCGUCUACACCAAAGUCUCCAAUUAUCUGGAGUGGAUCGAUAGCGUGAAAAAUCAGCUGUGAUCGAAUCUUGUUGCUUCAGAUCUGUUCUGCCUAUCGUUCCAGAUUUCGUUAGGACUUUUAUUUUAGCUUAGGCUCUUCUUUUGACUACAAUCACAUCAAUAUCAUCCCUACUGUGGGCAAAGUUCAUUAUGGCAAUGAAAAGUUUCAUAGAUAAGAGAACUUGUUAAGUGGCUGCUCAAAGAUACUAAUUAGACUCGUAGAAGAAUUAUAGAGCCCUUUUCGGAGGGGGUUCAAUUUAAAUUCGGACAUAGAGUAAUCCCAUGAGUUUAUUUCUCUCUGGAUUGGCCGUGUCAGUGCUUUUCUCCCUCCUCUUCUUAGAAAAUCAUACACCAAAUGGCCUACUGUUGAAAUACUUUUAUAUAAUGUUUUGUAAAUAAUUUUCUUUUAAAUAAUAAAACGUUAGUAAUGAA